AUGUCCCACAAGUUCCUCACCACCAGGUUCUUCCAAACGGCUGUCCGAUUUCGCCGCUACUUCUCAGACCAGAGCUAUGUGCACUGCAUCAGUCCAAGGCCGUUGCUGUACCGUACCAUCGGUCAACACCUCCGACUGGCCGCCGAAAAGUAUCCCAACCGGGAGGCCCUAGUGUCCUGCCAUGAGGCCCGGCGGUUCACUUUCUCCGAUGUGCUGGAAAGGGCAGAUCGCUUGGCUGCGGGACUUCAACAGCUGGGGCUGAAAAGUGGGGAUCGCGUUGGAAUUUGGGCCCACAAUAGUUCUACCAGCUAUUUAACCAGUCUUGCGGUGGCCCGAGCCGGGAUGAUCUUGGUUGGAAUCAAUCCAGCGCUGAAGGCACGUGAGGUGCGGCAUGUUUUGAAAACAGUUGACGCAAAGGCGUUGAUCGCGGGAGAUUCCUUCUUUGAAACGAUCAAAGAGGUGGUACCGGAACUGUUGGCAAGUUCACCUGGAUAUGUGAAAUCGGCACGGGUUCCCUCGCUGACGCUGGUGGUUGUAGAUUCUGCAGGAGAACGAUUUCCGGGAACGUUCAACUUCCAAGAAUUGUUUCAAUUUUGUACCGAGCAAGACGUAUCAAAGAUCGAAGCUCUCCAAUCAUCAAUAUCUCCCGACAGUGGAGCCUGCUUGCUGUUCACAUCCGGAACAACCGGAAAACCGAAAGCCGCACUUCUGUCGCACUUUUCGAUGAUCAACAACGCUGCUAUCACGUCUUUUAGAAAUGAACUGGACAGUACGGAUCACCGGAUUUGUGUACAGGUGUCGUUGUCGCAUGCGUUCGGACUGAUUGACGGGAUUAUUGGUUCGAUGGACUACGGAUCAACGAUGGUACUACCGGGGACCACGUUCAAUGCAGCCAAUUCUGUGCAAGCGAUCUUGCAAGAAAAGUGUACCGCAAUCUACGGAACUCCCACGAUGUACGUAGAUCUACUGGAAGAGCUACGACGUCAAAACAUCAGGUUGCCACCUGUUGAAGUGGCUGUCGUUGGAGGAUCACCCUGUUCUGCUCAGCUCAUGCUAGACAUUCAUCAACAGUUAGGAGUGAAACACGUUCGUUCCGGCUACGGUAUGACAGAGCUAGCCAGUUGUUCCUUCAACAGCGAUCGUGGAGAUCCGGUCGAGGCAGCGUUAGACUCCGUGGGAAAGAUCAUCGAUCACUGCGAAGCGAAGGUCGUAGAUCAAAAUGGACGCACGGUUCCGUUCGGAACUCCUGGAGAAUUGUGGUUCCGGGGGUUUGGAACUAUGUUGGGAUUUUGGGGCGAUGAAGCCAAGACAAAAGAGGUACUUGGGCAAGAUGGGUGGUUCAAAACUGGAGAUCAGUUUAUCCUGCAGAAGAAUGGCUACGGUAAGAUCGUUGGAAGGAUCAAGGACAUAAUCAUACGAGGAGGCGAUAAUGUGUAUCCAAAAGAGGUCGAAGAUGUGCUAGACACACAUCCGGGAAUUUUAGAGUCAUACUGCAUCGGAGUUCCAGAUGAACGGCUGGGCGAGCGUGUUUGUGCCUUUGUUGACCGCAUGGCAGCGGCGUUUCAUCAACUUGGCCUUGAGAAGGGUGAUCGCGUUGGGAUUUGGGCACCAAAUGGAGUGGCCUACUAUUUGACGAUUCUCGCUGCGGCACGAGCUGGGCUGAUUUCGGUCGGCUUCAAUCCAGCACUUCAAAAACGUGAGCUAGAGUAUGCCCUAAACAAAGUUGAACUCAAAGCUCUUGUAGCGGUAGAAGGUUUCCGAUCUCAAAAUUUCAUAACGAUGCUGCACGAACUGUUACCCGAGCUGGAAGGAAGCUCCCUCGGGAAUUUGAACUCAAAUCGAGUGAAAUCCCUAAAAUCAGUGAUCAUCGCCUCCGAAAAGAGCUACAGUGGGACUAUCUCAAUGUCGGACCUGAUCAAGCUACCCACCGAGCAAGGUAUCUCAAACAUCGAAUCGUCCCAACGGACUAUCAAUCCGGACAGUGGGGCUUGUCUUCUGUUCACUUCCGGUACUACCGGCCAACCAAAGGCCGCCCUGCUGUCUCACUUUGGUUUGCUGAACAAUGCAGCUCAGGGAUCGUACCGGAUGGGGUUCGAUCGUAACCAGCAGCGGAUUUGUCUCACGGUACCCAUGUUCCACGUGUUUGGACUGACUUUUGGGGCCGCUGCUUCCCUGACCUACGGUUCUACGCUAGUAGUUCCGGGAGUGGCAUUUAACGCCGGUGAAACGUUGCAGGCAAUUAUUAAAGAGAAAUGUAGAACGGUGUACGGAACACCCACAAUUGAAACGGAUUGUCAUCGCAUACGGGAUGACGGAAACGGCGGGAACGAUCUUCAUGAGCGAUCGCGAGGAUGGUACUGAUAUUGCUAUGGGUUCGGUUGGUCGGUUGAACGAUCAUUACGAGGCAAAAGUGGUUGAUUGGAACGGGGACACCGUUCCGUUCGGGAUGGCUGGUGAACUCUGUGUGAGAGGUUACGGAACCAUGCUGGGAUUUUGGGGUG